AGUUGGCUAUGCAGCGAUUUGUGUGACAGGGAAGCAAACUGUUAAUGCUCAGUAUGGCUGAAUCUACAAAGUACACAUCUGCACUAACUUAUGAGCCAGAUGGGCUGAACAACGGUGUGAAUAAUGCUAUCAAAACAAAAGACAGUGGCAGCAGUUUAGGCUCUCAGGAGUCAAUGAAGCUGAAGAAAGAAAUCUCCCUAAUCAAUGGUGUCUGCCUGAUUGUGGGGAAUAUGAUUGGCUCAGGGAUCUUUGUUUCCCCCAAAGGAGUUCUAAUGUACAGUGCCUCAUAUGGACUUUCAUUAGUUGUAUGGGCUAUUGGAGGCAUCUUUUCAGUUUUUGGUGCCCUGUGUUAUGCUGAACUUGGAACCACAAUCACAAAAUCAGGAGCGAGCUAUGCUUACAUUCUUGAGGCCUUUGGAGGUUUUAUAGCUUUUAUACGUUUAUGGACAUCACUUCUAAUUAUUGAACCUACCAGUCAAGCAGUUAUUGCUAUAACGUUUUCUAAUUACAUGGUUCAGCCAAUCUUCCCAUCCUGUGAAGCACCUUAUGCUGCCAAUCGUCUCCUAGCAGCUGCCUGUAUCUGUAUUUUAACAUUUAUAAACUGUGCCUAUGUGAAAUGGGGGACCCGAGUUCAAGACAUUUUUACAUAUGCAAAAGUCCUGGCUUUAAUUGCUGUGAUAAUCGCUGGAAUUGUCAAACUAUGUCAGGGACAUUCAGUGCACUUUGAAAAUGCAUUUGAGGGGUCAUCCUGGAAAAUGGGUGACAUUGCUCUGGCACUUUAUUCUGCACUGUUCUCUUACUCAGGCUGGGAUACACUGAAUUUUGUCACUGAAGAAAUCAAGAACCCUGAGAGGAAUCUCCCACUAGCUAUUGGAAUCUCCAUGCCUAUUGUCACAGUCAUUUACAUUCUAACGAAUGUGGCCUAUUACACAGUACUGGACAUCAGGUCUAUCCUGGGCAGUGAUGCUGUUGCAGUUACUUUUGCUGACCAAGUUUUUGGAGUCUUUAACUGGACUAUCCCCCUUGCAGUGGCCCUAUCUUGUUUUGGAGGGCUGAAUGCAUCUAUUGUUGCAGCUUCAAGAUUAUUUUUUGUGGGCUCCCGUGAAGGUCACCUGCCUGACUCCAUCUCCAUGAUUCAUGUGAAACGUUUCACUCCAGUGCCUGCUUUGCUGUUUAAUGGUGCCAUGGCAUUGGUGUAUCUGUGUGUGGAGGAUAUUUUUCAGCUGAUCAAUUACUACAGCUUUAGCUACUGGUUCUUCGUGGGUCUUUCAAUUGCUGGCCAGUUAUAUCUUCGUUGGAAACAACCUGACAGAUUUCGUCCUCUUAAGCUUAAUUUGGUGUUCCCUAUUAUAUUCUGCUGCUGCACCAUCUUCCUUGUUGCCGUUCCUCUCUACAGUGACACCAUAAACUCACUUAUUGGCAUUGGAAUUGCCCUCUCGGGUGUACCAGUUUAUUUUCUUGGUGUCCAUAUACCUGCCCAUAAACGGCCUCAGUGGAUCAAAAACCUUAUCAGUUCCUGUACCAAAUACAUCCAAAUUCUAUGUUUUGCUGUUCUUACUGAAAUGGACAUAGAAGAAGAAGAAAAGAAACAAGACAAAUCAAACUGAAACAGUCCACCAGCAAAGACUGCUCUUAUGUGAAAUCAUGACAGCUGUGGAGUCACCUGAAACUGUGAACUACGAUGCCAGAUCCAGAUAAAACAUUUCCUCCAGAGCGAAUUACAUAUUGUUUCUUUAGCCAAGGCAAAACUAGCUACUGUGGCCAGUGUUUGAUUCAGGGGAGGGGGAUGAGGGGAGUUAAGCAUUCCUCAAAGCUACAGGACCUUGAUAAUUAUUGCAGUAUUAUCAUUGCAUUUUGCUAAAUUAAACAGACUGACUUAAAAUACUAUAAAAAGCAGUCAGGAUGGGGAAAUGCUGCAUUUAGUUCUUGAGACAUUCCUCUGAAAUCUUAAGUUGAACUAUAUACAUUAUGUAGCACAACAAAUGCUUUAUUUCUUGUUUAUUUAUUACUGUGUAAUUCAGUGAAGAGUGCUGCUUCUAGGCAAAGUCUGAUUAUGUAAAUAAAUGUUACUGUAAUCUAUUAUACAGAGAAUAGACGAGGGAGAUUCACAAACACUUGAUGACUGUACUGAGCCUGAAUAAUUACAGUUUAUCUUCACUGACAUAAAACAUGUGUAAUAAUAGUAUCACCACUGGGAUCUUAACCAUCACUGAAGAAACUUACCUCACAAUUUUUGUAUGUCAUUUUCAAAAUACCAGUAGAAAGAACUGGUAAAGUUAACAAAACUUGAAAUAUAAAUAGUCUCAGAGUUGUUUUAAAUAAAGUGUGGCAACUUUUACUGGACCAAAGCAACUAUGCUGCAGUUGCACAAGCAAAAAUACAACAGAUGUACAGUCUUCUUAAUGGGUGCCUGAGGCUUUUGCAGGAUAACAAAACCCACAAAAAACCCAACUCUCAAAGACAUGCCCACUACAAAUGGUGAUGUGUUCAUACAUUCAGGAAAAAAUGUUAAAGCUCUAUAAGUCAAACUUAUAAAGAAGCCUGCCCUUAAACAGUGACUGACAGAGUAGAAGUUCUGCAUUGUAAUGCAGUUAGCCUAGGUUGGGGAGUAAAUCUGGGUGACAGUGGGCUGAUCAUGAACAGAAAGAGUAACAACAAAAACGUUUCCAUUCCUGAAGAUAUGUGCGAGGGCCAGUAAUUAACAUGAUGGGUCUUCAGGGACAUUACUAUAGCAGAAUGCAGGACCUGAAAUUCAAUAAGCACAAAAGUCUCAGUCCUACUCUUAUUUUACUACUGGAAAAAAAAUGAUAAAACUGAUUAAAAAUCUUUUGCACCAUUAUAGUAAACUGCCCAGAAAUGUCAAGUAGAACUGUGUGCCAUCUGCCAGAAACAAGACAAUGUAGCGUCACCCUGAAUAUGCUGAGACACUGACAAGACAAAAUGAUUUUGCUGUUGAAAGCCAAUCAGCCCCAAGAUCCAAGAUAAGCAUGAAAUACACAGUGCACUUAAAAUGCUCAAAGGUAGCAUAAUUCCAGACAGGCCUCCAUACAGAAAGGUCCAGGUAAACAGUACAGGACUACAGGAAACCAUAUUACAAUAAAAAACAUGUACUAUAGUAUAUGUAUUCAUCUGUAGGGCUUCUAAAAAUUUAAUAACUGUACCGUAUUUAGAUGGAAGAGCAUCAGAUAAUGACCUCAUCUAAAGUUGAACUACCUGUUAUUCUGGAUUUUGUGAAGUUCACCCCGCCAACCCCGGAUUCAGGCACCUAUGCGGCAUUAUACUUCCCUGUGAGACAGCUGGAUGUAGACACAUGACAGGAUGGCAGUUUAGCUGCAGUGACAAAUGCCUGUGGACAAUUCCCUGUGGGAAUAGAAGAUCCUCCUGCAGCCUAUCCGUAGGUAGCAAACACAAACCCCUAUAGUGUUACAUCCUGCACCCCCCUCCCAGAAGCCAUGUGUCACUGUCAGUAGUAUAAGUGGUUGUCACUAAAUGACAAAGGGGCAUGAAAGUGGCACUGUGAAAUCUGUGUACUGUGGCAAAGCCUUUAUUAUAAACACAACAUAUAAAGUGAUGUGUGCAGAGCUUGGUGUGUACUACACUUAAAUAUAUUCACAACUUGUAGAAAUGUGCUACAGCACGUAAGAAAUCCUGCACAUUACUGUAGCCACACAUGUUGCAAGAUGUGUUUUAGGUGACGCUCCCUUACAACAGCCUUCUUACGUGCUGUCACAGGCAUCCCUCUAAAAAUUGACUCCCUUCGGUUAUCUGUCAGGUUCUGUUCCUGUUGCAGAACAGAUAAAAGGUCAGAAAGCUGUACUGUAGGGUGUCCAAGUAAUACUUUUAGUCGAAGAUGCCAUGCCUUCACCUCAUUACUGGUCCAUGGGAAAUCCAUGUCAGAGACAUCACACACAUUCCAGAACUUCAAAGGGUAGGAAGAUGUCAACCGUGGUUGUGCUGAACAGUGGGAUGCAAAUUUCCUUGGUCGGCUACGCAUACAAUGAUGGUCCAGAAACAAACCUAUAGGCUUAACAGUCAGAUAAGGUAGUCAACAAUGUCCAGAAAUGCAGGAACAUCAUCAUACACUUGUAGGAAUGCCAGCGCAAUGAGCUUGCGGAUGUCUACUGAGAAUGUAGUGUCGUACCAUACAGGGCCACAAGGUGGUGAUGCUGAAUUUGGUGCCAAAUGAUCUGUGCAAAUGGAAUAGGUAAUCCUUCAGAAUACUCUUAGGGAAUACCUUUAGGCUGGCACGGACUGCUGCCUUCACAGAAUCAGUCAUAAUGUACCGUGGAUUUAAGGUGCAUCCCUGAUCUGCACCCAUACCCUUAAGUAUUUCCCACAUAUUGUUGUAUGCACACACUGAUUUUCAUGUCAUUAGACAAUACACCAGGGGGACAAUCCUUGCUCAGGUGGGGGUGCCGAUAGAUCCAUGUAAAGUAUACAGUUGAUGGCAAACAUCAGCACAUGUUGGGAAGGUGCCAUCCCCAAGUAUGAUGUCCAACAUGCACAAAUCUGCCAGAUUUUGUGGUGUACUUAGCAGAACAAUGGAAUCUUUCCCAUCCAUAUCUGACUUUCUGCAUAGGACACUUUCAAAUGCUGCCGGAGGUGUGGACAUACAUGCCUGUGCCCUCUGUCUUACCCUGCUGAUGCUACGACGCAGGAUGGCCCAGCAAGGCAUCUCUUGUACAUUGUCAUCUGCUGUGCCAAGGAGACUCUGCAUUACCAGACUAGGCAAAUCAUUGCUGUUUACUGCCCUCUGCCGUAGUUCUGCUUGCAGUACAGCCACUUGGGCACUAGUUGUAUCUGGCCCAUGCUGGUGUGGAAGUGAGUUUUGCAGUUCUUCCCCCUCAUCCUGGUGAACAGUGAUAGCGCGGCCUCUGCAGGCCUUUAUUCUCUGCUCAAUACAUGCCCAGUACCGGUUAGAGAGCAAUUCAUGCUCUAAAUGGUAUACGUAUCCCUCCACUACUAGCAAAGGUUUGCCUUGUUUGCUGUGGACUAUCCAAUAUCUGUUGCCAAGCUGACCUGGGCUAUACUUGUAUACAGAGUCCAUCCUGGCAACACUACUUGUAGACAGCCUCUCAGUAUCCAUCACAUCCAGUGUAGCAAGGAACAUUACUUAGAUACUACUUAGGUAUAGGCUACAAUCAGACUAUGGGUAUGUUGCUGUACACCACCUUGUGUUGCACCCUUCUUAAUAAGAGCUGUCUGCCACAAUGGCCCUUUGAAGCAGUAUACACACCACCUUGUUCUUACUAACCUUCCUUCUAGAGAUUCUCUAUGUCCAAGUCACACAGCUGUGGAAUUGACAACUAAAUCCAGUCCUGUAGGAGUUCAUCCAGCCUGCUUACAACACUGAUUCUGCAUUUACUGCACAAGUCCCCUUUAACUCCCUGCUAUUGAUGCUGACCAAUCAGGGCGUGGUGCCCAAUCUCACUAUCUGAUACAUACAUUACUAAGGGAUGUUUCCCUGUAAAGUACUCUUUUCUGCCUAUAUGCCUCUGCAUAUGUAUGUGCGCAAUCUGCAACAGCCAUAGGAUGAGUUUGCCAAAUUCCAUGUCAUUACACACAUGCUAAUACACUAUAACCUGCUAUGGGAUGUGAGGUGGGUUUAUACUCCUGUUUCUGGCAUAUGUACUCUGCAUCUCCUAUAUGUGAACGUUACAUUCCACAAUAGUUGGUACUCUACUGUAGUUUGUAAAAGCCACUAUUGCUGUAUAUCACUCUGCCACUCUUUGGCCAUUGCUGGAAUACUGAUGUUUGUCUUCUGUGUAUGUCAUGUAUAAUUAAGUGGUGGUACAGGUAUUGUUAUUAUGCACUAGUACUUGCGUCACUAAUGUGUAGUCCUGCAGCACUAUCUACAUCUGUCUUUCCUCUAAGGCAAUACGUAUACAUAGUGUACUGCUGCUUUCCUAUACCAUUUGGGACAUAGCGUGUUCUAGUAGCUAGCAAAAUACAUGCUAUAAAGAUGUACUGGCUGAGCAUAUCUCUUGAGCCGGGAAUGCAAAACUUCUGCACAAUGUCAACAGUUCUGGGGGGACAAUGACUCAGCAUUAGGGACAUGAUGUCAGUCUUGCACCUAUAAUCUUUCACAGCUGUCAGUAUAACGGUGUUUCCAUUACUAUGACUUUUCUGAUAUAUAUGAAGUCUGAAACUCAGACAUUUGUCUGUACAUCGUUAUAAUUACUGACUUCCAUAUACUGUCUGCCAGAAUAUCACAUACUGUCUGAGGAAUACAGCAUAGCUAUACGAGGCUAAUAUGUAUAUUGUAUGAAAAUCUGGUGAUCUGUGUUGUAUGGGGCCGUGAAACUAGUUUACUUAUGUUUCUGUGUGCCUGUAUACUGUUCUCUAUUGUGACUAUGCACAUGUCUUUCUGUUCCUGUCAGCUGCAGCUGCAUCUUGUUUGAGUGUCAUUUCAUAGCGAUGGUAAUGGGUUUGUUUUGCUGCCUAGUACCUUUUAUUCUGCCGUGUGUGUGGAUAUAAAAUCUGUCACUGUGGAUUAGGGUAAGGUGUUUUGGUAUUUUGUGUGGGCUUUGUGACUACGUCGUCUGAUUGCCUUCCGUAGCUGUUCCCACUGUCAGGAAACAGAGCAGUGUGUUUAGUUAAGGAUCGUCUCCAUGUGGCGAGUUUCGUUGCUGCGUUCGCUCACACAGUGUGCCUGCGUUUUGGCUGAGCCACUCUACAGUCUGGCAGUUCUGCAGCCUUCUGCUUACGGCGUUGUAGCUCGCGGGCAACUGUCUCGUGAUCCACACUCCGGAAUCUGCCAACCCCAUACAAAAAUCUUUUCUUGACUAGCAAAUGCAGUCCCAAUCACAGGAAUGCACCGCUUCACUGUUGAGGGCCACUGGUUACAUCUACUUAGCUACAGCAGCAGUUCACUCUGAAGAGGUGCUUUGACUCAAUGGAAUAAUCAGUGACCUUGUAUGCAUUCUAGAAUCUGGCACAAAUUUGUAACUGUUAUUGCUCCUCUUAAAGCACUUUUUCCUUUCAGUGACUUUGUAGGAUUUCAGUGAUCCCCAUAUCAAAUCUGAAGAGUUAUACAUAUAGGCCUAGUGAAAUAUAUAAAAUGGCUGCAAUGAACAUGUCAGUGGAUGUGAUUUAUAAGGAAACAAUUUAUUGUCAUUCCCCACAUACACUGAUAAUACCACCAUCAACAUUCUGUGUUCAGGACAUUACAGUUAUAAAUUCUAGACAGAUUCUUAAGGACACAAAACCUAUCAUAUUGUAUACAACACUAAUCCGUAUUUAGAAAUGUCUCCUCCUCGUGAAAUUUUGCUGAUGUUGAUGGGUCUUAAUAUUCAUCAGGGUCACCUAAUUAACAGGCCGUAAUAUUAUCCUCCUCCAACAAAUCCUUUUCAGUUUCUGUUAUGAUACAAAAAUGUCUUUGUUUUUCUGUAGCCUACUGCUGUAGCUUUGCAACUCUGAUUACUGGCAUGUUAACAGUGGAAAAAAUACUUUGCCCAGUGUCCCAAUUUACCCCUGCUGGACCACUCACUAUUUCAAUGGAACCAGUAAAAUAAAUAAAUAAAUAAAUAAAAUACUGCUGGACCCUACUGCAACAGUAACAGCUUUUGCAUCACUGAAUGGAUAGAAUACCCACAAAAACUCCCUUGUUGCAUCAUGACUGAUAACACAGUCCCCGAAAGUUGAAUCUUUCUAUAAUGCAGAGUUGUACUGACAUUUUAAAUGGCCUUUAGCAAUGUAAAUUAUCACAGCUGUCACUGUACUGCAUAUCUGGAUAACUGUCUAGUUAUACUGUUGCAUAUGAAAUUAUUUUAGGGGUGACACCAUGGUGUACUGUGUAGGGAGAUAAAGGCCUGACUGCAUCCCAAAUAAGUUAAGUACAAAAAGUGUCUCAGGUGCUAAAGGAGUUAGCUGGAGUUGGCAUGAUGGGUGAGGGCCUGAGAAUGGGGUGGACCAUACGGUAACUUAACAGGUGUUGCCUGGUACAAAGACUGGCACAUUAUAGUCUUGUCAAGCAGAGUUUCAUCAGUGUAGCCUGAUUCAGUGCAUAUGUGGAAUCAGGUAUGCAUCACUGGGGUUGGACUACAGGGCCUGCUUCAGUUAACUGCACGUCAGGUGACCAAGGAAGGACCUCAGGCAUACAAAGAAAAAAGUAUAUUUGUGAAAUUCAAAAAAUAGUAUUACAUCAGGGGCUAACUUGCCCUUUUCAAUGUCCAGAUUCAAAACAGAAGUCUAAUUUUCGGGGUUCCCCACAACCAUAAGCAGCCUGGCUCCAGAAAGGCAAGCUGGAAAUUUUAGCCCAGGAGAAGAAGAGGUCCUUGGAAUGCAGUCAGAAUACUGUUGGGGCGUGGGAGGGAACAAAAACAGACACAAACAAAUGCAGUUUGCGGCAAUAACUAUGGAUUUUGUAGCCCACUAUAUGCAAUGUUUACUCGGUCAGCCUGUUUUGGAGAAAAGGCAAUACCAUUUAUAAGAGUCAGUGACUGCAAGCUACUUCAUCUCUCACGUUUUGCUAGCUCUGCCCUAUUUUUAAUAAUAAAAAUAACAUUAAUAUUGUAACAGUUUAUAAUAUUCUGCCAUGAACAGAUGGACUGUUGCUCAUUGUAUUCAGUUACUGCACCCCGUACAGUCAAAACUACUCGGUGACUAGGUAAUGAAGCACACAAUUAGCAGAAUCCCACCACUAGAGAGAGAAAAACAGAUAUGUGUGUACACCUACACACUUGUACAUACAAAUCUGACAAAGAAGCUUGGAAAUCUGCUAAAUUUAUGUACAAAUUUGCACUAUUGUCUAUCUAAUGCCUUUUCAAUACACAAUGUCUCCACAUUUUAAGAAAGCACUACUUAUGCUGAGGAAAGUCAUUUAUCUUUAGUGGCAGGUCAUCUUGUUAAAAAGAAAGGCAAAACAGUCAAUAUUUUAGAAUUGUUUUAUUCUUUAGAACAUUCUCGACUACUGUGGUAAGUUUGAGACACUGGAAAAAAAUAAAUAUUUUCUGAUACUG